UGUUAUUCAUAUUUGCCAUUUGACUUGGAAAUCUGUGUUCUGUGACUUGUAAAAGUGCUGAUAGAUAACCAUGGAACCACCGGAUUCAGUUAUCUUUCUUGUCAUUGGUUGUUUUUUGUAAAGGGGUGAGUGGUCCCAAUCAGUAAGUAAAACACAAUUCAAGGGUACAUUAUAGUGUUUACAUUUGGAUCGGUGCACUUGACAUUUUCAAUGAUACGACUCUGGCUUCAGAGACAAGCAGCACAGACCGGCCAGCCGAGUCACUCAUGCAUAAUGUUCCCUUGAUCAGGGCCGUCGCAAGAUGGCAUCCACACACACUCUUAUCACACCGAAGACUUUGUGAACCAGCUAUCAGGUGCCGGUAUAUGCUGUUUGGUCCAAUGUAACUCCAACCUACAGCAGACAGAGGCUCAUUCAACAAGUUUCACCCUUACGUACUGAGAGUCGCUUUUACUAUAUACCAAUGGAGGGUAUAGUGCUUGAUCGUGAAAGCAACUUUUCACACUUCGGUCAAUUCUGUGUUCUGCAACUUCUCAGAAGCACAUAAAGAGACACAGAGUCAGAAGAACCCAUCCUCCACUUCUGCUUUCAUGACAUGCGAUGGUUCAGGGUAGCCCAUAAGUCAGUAUUUCCAAUUGAGAAACAGGGGUAGUUUUAAAGACUUCAGGAUGUACUUGGACCCCAAUAAAAAUGGGAUCCUUUUUGUUUCAAAAUUGGUUAUAAACCUUAUCCAUCUGAAUAGCACUAUAAUAAAUUAAAUUAAUCUGAAUAAUAGCAGAAAAGUCUGGUGAAUCAUUCAAAUUAACGACACAAAUUAAGUCAAGCACAACUUCUUGUUUCUCAGUUAACUUAUUGAAAUUUCUUUCCUAAAAGGUUUUGGUGCUGUGAAAAGCGGUACCUUACUGAAAAAGUGUUUAAAACAGUGUUUAUUGAUAUAAAUAGAACGAGAAACACUGCCAAAGUUCACAACCCUGCAUCGGGGAGGAAGCUAAUCUUUAACCACAGGCUGCAGUGCUCCUUACAGGUCUUGUUUAACCUGUGACACACAGAAUGGCAUAGCCAUAACCCCUGAAAAUGUAGUCAUUAUCAAUUAACGUGCAGUAUAUAUAUUAUAACAUAUACAAUGUUUUUUUAAAUAAUCUAAAUGUUGCUUAUUUUGUUAUUGAUUAAUUAUGACUGAUGUAAUAUGAUGUGUUAUCUUUCAAUACAUAAAAGUUGCGAUAGGCAGCAUAGUUGUAUUGCCUGUCAAGUAUGUUAAAAGCAGGCGGAACUGCUUGGCCCCUUUGCGUCUCCAGUGAGCAACAAUGCAUGAUAGCGCCUCAAGGCCGGCUCACUUAGCGUUCAGUUAGUUACACCCUCUUCGGUAAGGCGAUCCUCACAAAUACAUGCAGGAUCUCACUGCUGGUCAUGCUAUCUUAAUGAUUCAUCUCACUUCUUCCACUGCAGGUCUGGUGAACACACUCACCUACACUCACAGACACCUGUAAUCGAGCAAAGAGCCUCGACGUCCCCACCAUGACCUAGCCACCACAAACCACCACUCUCCUUCCUCAAAUGAGCAACGAACGCCCCACGCCACUCCACGUCGCCCGCUGAACCGUUUCCCUGAUCCGGACCGCCCCUGCUGGACCACCAUGGGGGAGAGGCGAGGGCACUCCUUCCACGUGAAGUGCCACAUACAGAAGGACUACGGCAGCCGUCUGUCUCGCUCCCUGAAGGCCCGCUGGCCCAACGGCAACGCCAACACCAGCCUCGGCGCCAACCAAGGCUUGGACGAAGAGGUCGAGCGAGCAGAGUCCAGCACGACAACCACCUCUGGAGUCACAGCUGCUGCCACGCCUUCUACGACUACACCCUCUUUCUCCCUCACCCCGGCCAGGGCGUCUUCAGGGGCCGGCGCUGAAACGAGCCGCUACGCUCCAGUUUCCCUGGAAAUGGACCCCUGCGAGGUGAAUAAUGGAUCAGGCGUCCCGAGCCAACCGCCGCCGUACACAAAGGAUCCGGCGCUGCAGAUCACGACGGGACGCCCCUCCGUCUCGGGGCCGCCACCGCUGCCCCGGUCCAGCUGGAUGCACCACCACCACCACUACCACAAGAGCUUCCAGAGUCCGUAUGCCAAGACCAGCAUGCAGGGCGACGUCUACAACUUCCUGGAGAGACCCGCCGGGUUGAAGUGCUUCCUCUACCACUUCCUAGUGUUUGUCAUGGUGCUGGUGUGUCUGGUCUUCAGCGUGCUGUCUACCAUUGAGCAGUAUGCAGAGUUUGCCACCGGGACGCUCUUUUGGAUGGAGAUCGUGCUGGUGCUGUUCUUCGGCACGGAGUACGUGGUGCGCCUGUGGUCGGCCGGCUGCCGCAGCAAAUACGUGGGCCUGAAGGGCCGGCUUCGCUUCGUCAGGAAGCCCAUAUCCAUCAUAGAUCUGAUAGUGGUCAUGGCCUCGGUCAUUGUGCUCAGUGUCGGCUCUAAUGGACAAGUAUUUGCCACAUCCGCCAUCAGGGGGAUCCGCUUCCUCCAAAUCCUGCGCAUGCUGCAUGUGGAUCGCCAGGGAGGAACGUGGAGGCUUCUGGGAUCUGUAGUCUUCAUGCACAGACAGGAGCUGAUCACCACUCUGUACAUCGGCUUCCUGGGGCUGAUCUUCUCCUCCUACUUCGUGUACCUUGCCGAGAAGGACGCGGUGGACGAGGACGGCAAGACGGGCUUCGCCAGUUACGCCGACGCCUUGUGGUGGGGCGUGGUGACUGUCACCACCAUCGGUUACGGCGACAAGAUACCGCAGACGUGGGUUGGCAAAGCCAUCGCCUCCUGCUUCAGUGUGUUCGCCAUCUCCUUCUUCGCACUGCCUGCUGGCAUCCUGGGCUCGGGGUUCGCUCUCAAGGUGCAGCAGAAGCAGAGACAGAAGCACUUCAACAGGCAGAUCCCUGCGGCCGCCUCCCUCAUACAGACCCUAUGGAGGUGCUAUGCAGCCGAGAAGACAGACUUCUGCCCGGCCACGUGGAAGAUGUACGUCCUCAGCAAGGAGUCCACCCCCCCUGUCCACGCUGACAGCGCCAGCCCCAACGUCAUUAGGCUCAACUUAUCUAGACGAGGCACCAGGAAGAGGCUGAAGCUGGCCAGGGGCCUGAGCACCAGGGGCCCGUCGACGGAGAGGGGCGUGGCCAUCCCCCAGAUCACCUACGACCACAUCCAGGAGACGGAGGACAAGAAGGACAUGUCCUUCUUCCUGGAGGAGUCGGCGGGGACUGUGGAAGGACCCCCCGAUCCCCCCUGGCCCCCCUUCACCCUGAGCUGCCCUGCCACUCCAGUGAAGAAGAGGGCGGAGCGACCGUCCCUCGGAGACCUCCGGGCCAACAGCAUCACCGAGGAGCUGGACUUUGUGGGCGAAGACCUCCCGCGGCAGGGCAUGAGCGACAUCUGCCACCUGUUGACCAGCCCCCUUGCGGCCCCCGCCGAGGAACCCUUCUCCACAUGGCACUUGAACUCCACAAGACGACAGCACUGUCCUGGUGCAGCUCCGCAGACCCCUAGUCCUGCCGGGGGGACUACACACUACUACUCACACACACGAGCAGAUGAAGGUCACAUGUUCGGGACCGUGGCCUACGCUUGUCUGAUCGUGCUGCCGCUCCAUGAGAGGGCCCACUGUUCGGGGGCCUUGGAGAUGAAUGGAGGGGGCUGUUGA